UCAAUGGACAUAUACAAUUGGAUGCUGGUUCGUUCUUUCGUUACGAGAAAAAAAAUAUAUAUGACUUACAAAGUGGCACCAAAAACUUACCAAAUGCUUACUUUUAUCUCAUCCAUUUUUGUAAUAAUAAUUUGGUUACAAGUUUCAACCCAAUAUUAAUUAAUUCUAUAUCUCUUUGUCAACCAAAAAAUAUUAAAAAAAUAAUAAAAUAAAAAUAAAAUCAGGCUUGUAUUAGCAGGAGUUGGGAAAAUGUAGUUGGGAGAGAAUAAUCAAGUCUCCUACAUCAACAUGCCACCCGCAUUGUGGAAUAUCUAAGCAAUACUAAAAAAACAAUUAAAUGAUUCAACACGAAAUAAAAUAUAUAUUGCAACGUGCACCCAUGCACUUAACGCCUACAUAUAAAACCCCAGGCUUCACUAAUAUGCAUGAGAAGUGAGAACUUAAACAACAAAAAUUCACAUAAAUAAUAAUAAUAAUUAUCAGACCUUAAUCAAGUUGUCCUUCAAUAAUCAUGCCAGAUUCCAAGCCCCACAAACCGAGGGCCUUCAACUUUUCGUUCGUCGUUUUCUUGAUCGCCCUCUUGCUAUUCACCAUCCACUACCUAAAGCAGCUGCACAACGAGCUGCAAAAUCGGGUGGCGUACCCUAAAUUAGCAAGCGAACAUAAUUGGUUGGAUUUCGUUGCCCGUGAGUUUGGAGACGAGAAGAACAUCACCAUUGGAUUGGUCAGCAUGGAUCAAGCAGCGAUAACCGACGAAAUUGAUCAGACGGAAAUGAGGGUCGUUAAGGUGCAUUUCGAUGAGGUGGACAAGAAGGUGGAGUGGUCCCACUUGUUUCCGGAUUUGAUCGACAGGGAUUUACCUUCGACUUGUCCGAAAAUGCCGAUGCCGGAAUUCGAAGAUUAUCAGCCGUUGGAUGUGGUGGUUGCUAGGGUUCCUUGUGAUGGUGAAGGUAGUGGGUUGAGGGAUGUUUUUAGGCUGCAGGUGAAUUUAGUGGUGGCUAACUUGUUGGUAAGAAGUGGGAGGAGUGGUAAUAAUGGAGUUCAAAAACCACUAUUUGCUGUGUUUGUGGGCUCGUGUGGACCGAUGUGGGAGAUUUUCAGAUGUGAUGACCUUUUGUUACAUGCCGGCGAUUCUUGGAUUUACAAACCUGAACUUACGAGGAUCAGACAGAAGCUGCUCAUGCCUGUCGGAAGUUGCCAGCUCAGCCCUCCUUUUGCACAAGCUGGUGAAGAGUUAUGGAGGAGAAGCAAGAAUUACACUAUCCAGCAGCCAAAGGAGGCUUACGUCACCGUACUGCAUUCUUCAGAAGCAUAUGUAUGUGGUGCAAUAUCUCUAGCACAAAGCAUCAUCCAAUCGAACUCAACCAAAGACCUCGUGUUGCUAGCCGACAGCCAGAUCUCUCCGAAAUCAAUCGAUGGUCUCCGAUUGGCCGGUUGGAAAAUCAAGAAAAUCCAACGGAUAAGAAGCCCCCACUCGAAGAAGAACAGCUACAACGAGUGGAAUUACAGCAAGCUCAGAAUCUGGCAGCUCAGAGAGUACAGCAAAGUCAUGUUCAUAGACUCCGAUCUGGUAGUGAUCAAGAACUUGGACAAAUUCUUCAUAUACCCACAGAUUUCAGCGGUUCGAAACGACGGCCCACUUUUCAAUUCCGGGCUGAUGUUAGUGGAGCCAUCUGAAUGUACAUUUAAAGCCCUGAUGAAGAAGAGAUUGGUGGUGGAAUCGUAUAAUGGAGGCGACCAGGGGUUUCUGAAUCAAGUGUUUCCAUGGUGGCACCGUCUGCCGUCCAAGAUAAACCAUCUGAAAUUCUCUAGACAGGUUCAUGAUCAUGCACGUAAAAUACCAAAGGAUGUGCGUGCGGUGCAUUACCUUGGAUUGAAGCCCUGGAUGUGUUAUAGGGACUAUGACUGUAACUGGGAUAAGCCAGAGACUCGGCAGUUUGCCAGCGAUGCAGCUAACGAGAGGUGGUGGCGUAUUUAUGAUGCCAUGCCGGAGAAGCUCAGGCAGUAUUGCUCGUUAACUCCGGAAAUGAAUGCCCGGAUUCUAAGGCAUAGAGAAAUAGCCAAGAAUAACGGUAGUUUUCCUGAUGAACACUGGAAGAUGGAGGUCAAGGACCCCAGACGAAAUGUAGCAUGAUUCUUUUUUAUUAUUAUUUUUUUUAUAUAGUAGGCGAAAUUUGGAAUCCACCCGAGUGUCACUAGACAAAUGAAUGUCUUCAAGAAAAAAAAAACGAAUGAUUCAUCCCUAUGUAAUGCAAUCAUAAAGGACGAGCCAUCCUACAAAUUCACUUCAAUCUUUUUUUUUUGUGCUAUCCAUAAUGAUGCAAUCAAAUGUUGUUUGCCCAUAAAAAAAAUAGAGGGUGGCUGUGGCUCAGACAUAUUCACAAACACCUGGUUGAAGGUAUGAACUAACUGCGUAAUCAUUGAUAAGAAGAAUUGAAUAUACACAUAUUAACACAAAUAAAAUGAGGCUAAUUGAUCAAGUGAUAUAGUUUGAUCUAUGUUAUUACAUGACCAUCUUUGGCGAACCAUAAGGGAGAAGCUCUCACCGGAG